AUUACAUAAAAUGGAAAAAAAAACCUUGUAGAUGACAAAGUUGGUAUCUGUAUCUUUUAUUAAUAGAAAAUUGAAUUAAAUGCUUAAAAGCAAUAAAAGGAAUUGAGAUUCAAGACAUUAGAUAACUUUAGAGAAUUACGAGCCAAAUUAGAAUAUGAUGACUUAAUCAAAGAUUUCGAAGAGCAAUGCAAUGUUAUUGGUACAUCCAAGACUAAUAUUAGAUUAACAAUAUGUAGAAUAUUAAUUGGAACAAAAAGCCAAUGAGGAACAAGAAUAUAAUACUGAUGUUUAUGAAAAAUCAAUGUUAGCUAACCUAGAUAAUAUAAACUUUGAAGCCUUGGAGGAAGAAUUUACUUGAUCAUUUCUUACAAUUAUU